AUGGAGUUACUUGAAUUUGCAUCUAAUAGGCAAUUUUUAUUGUUAUUAGUUGAAAGGAUAAUAUAUGUUAUUUUUCUAUCGAACUAUUUAUCAAUUCGAUAUGAAGAUAAGCAGAAUUUAAAGAAUAGUCUAAUAUGGAAGAGAAAAUAUAUCUUUUGCCCAUCUCGAUAUCUGUCGUUACUUUUGUAUAGCCUGCCUUCAGAUUUUGACAAAAGUAUACUAAGUGAAGUUAGUGAAUGUAAUGGAUCGGUGUGGAAUCUAUUCAAACUUGCUUAUCAACGGGGACAUAAUUUAUCAAUUAAAUGUCAUGGGCCGCACUCACUAAAUGGAAUUAGUUUGAAUAACAAUUUCAUCAAUAAAGAUGUAUAUAGGAAAGCAGAUGAAGUAGACUAUAGGGCUUCAAAACGUCAUAGCAGAUCAGCUAAUACGAAGAGACCCGUUGAUCCAACAUGCUAUUUUGGGAAUGGCAGCCUUUAUCAAGGCGUUAUUAAUGUUACUAUUGAUGGAGAAAAAUGUCUGCCUUGGCAUAUUGCUAAUAGAACUAGCUAUCGGCGAAGCAAUAGUUUUUUCGGCCAAGAUAAUUUCUGCCGUAAUCCGAAUGGUGAACGUACUUCACCUUGGUGUUAUGUUAGAAAUACUACAACAAGUGGAAUUGGCUGGGCUUACUGUCCUAUUCCAAAAUGUUUACAGGGUCAACCUACUCUGUCGACUUUAUUGCAGCCAGAAAUUAAAUCUCAGACGAGAGUUCGAUUAUCUGGGAAUAAUUCUAAUCGUGGAAUCGGCCGUGUUGACAUCCAGUUUAAUAGCACUUGGGGCUCUAUUUGUGCUCAUGGCUGGACGUUUUCUGAAUCAUCGGUUGUUUGCCGUCAAUUGGGAUAUAUUGCAGCAUUACCGGUUGAAGGUGAUGAUCAUUUUUAA